CAGGAAAAACACAAGGCCACGACGACGUGGGAAGUUCCAAUUCAAGACGACACGUCGUGGUUGUGGAAAUUUCUCUCAUUCUAUUCUAGUAGCCCGCCAGCCCAGCCAGCCAGCGGCGGAAAAUAAAAACAUAUAUAUGAAUUAAAUUGGUAUAUAAUCGUACCGUACCCUCUCUCUCGCAGUCGCACGCCACGCCUGAUCCAGAACAAGGGGGGUGAGAUGAUGACCUCUGUGUACGGCUGCGCAGAGUGCGGAGCCGACCUCAAUCUCAGCUCCGACCACCUCUACCCGCCGGACUUCUUCUUCGAGGCCGGCAACAAGGGCUCCCUCUCUUUCUCCACCAUCGACACCGCCAAAUUUAAUUUCGAGAAGGAGGACAAACUCAGGCCCUUCUUCGAGACCCUUAAUUACUGGGGAAUCCAGAGGCGUCGGACCAAGAUCAAGUGCAACCACUGCGGUUACCUCGUCGGCUACAUCUACGACGACGGCCCUCCUCUCACCGGCGGAACCGGCCAGUUCCAUAUGGGUCCCAGCCAGGUCAUCCCUAGGGCACCCAGAUACCGUUUCAAGAUCAAGUCCCUUCGGAUCAACUCCUGAGCUUUGGAAAAGCAUCCAAUAGGGAAGCUCUGCCUUCUGAUCAUACAUGCAGCUUUCCCUCUUUUCUUUGUUUGAGACGAUGCUGUCUUAGUUACAUACCGUUGUAGAACAUUUACUUUGUAUACAUAUUGUUGAGAACGGUGAAUGUUGCUUUGAUAAUGUUUGUCUUCCAUCUGAGUUCUCGGUGCAAACCUUUGUUGUUGGGUAUUCUAAGCGAUCAAUUUCCUUAACCCCUUGGUUUCAUCUUCUACCAGUCAAAAGUGUUGUGUUACCCAUCUGGUAUUAUAGAGGAAAGGAAGUAGAAAAGGCUUGUGUAGAUGAAUGCCCAUCUUCUGCUAGUACAAGUUAGCUGGAGGGUUGGUUGUAUUAGUAGUUUGCCAAUGCUUCUUUCUUAGACCAUCGCCUUGUGUAUGGAUCUCUCAAUGGAUUGCUGCCAGUUCAGCAUCUUAUUCUCGUGAAGCACUUUGAUAAUCAACAUGGGGAUUGCAACCCUGGAAACUUAGGAUGGUUUCAGGAUGAUCAACAAACCUCCAGCUUCUGUUCCUAGACUUGAUUCUUGCAGGAGUAUGACGAGACAAGAGACUUUGAAUUUCUGGAUGCAAAAACUGAUCGUCCAAGAACAUCACCUCAUUGAUGCAUUCAAGGCUGCUGCAAAUACCAUGGCCCUCCAUCUCACCGUAAGAUAUGUCAAAGUUUGUAUAUUAGUCUCACUGAUUAACGUCCGUACUUUGUAAGAACUACUGUCAGACCUGCCUUUAACAUUUUCUUGUAUCGAAAAUAGUGCAGGAGACUGAGUACAAGGAAUUCGAGGAGUUGUUGAAGGAUGAUGAUUGUGGUGGUAUAGAGAGAUCCCUCUUAAGUCUUUUAGAAGUGAGGACAACAACACUGCAUCAUUCCUGGGACUGGUUAGUCAGUCUCAAAGUUUCUCAUUAUUGUCAAUUGUUUCUGCCAGUGAAUAGAAACAAAAUUAAAGA